UAUCACUGGGAAACCAAAGUGGAGCUGGGGGAAGAUGGCUGAUGAGGGCGAUAUCAUUGGUGUCGGGAGUACUGUGUACUGCAAGAAUUGUUUCGACGAAGAAAUAACGGGAGAAGUUAUUGCGUUUGAGAGGCAGACGAAGUUUCUGGUUUUGAAACGGCCGCCAACGAACGGCCGACCUACCCAGUGUGAUGUGCUGUUCCUGAAUCUGAACACUGUCAAGGAUUUAAAGAUCACCAAGGAGGUUAACAGUCCCACGGAGCUUACGCUUCAGAACCUGGACAUGAACUUGUUGUCCGCCCGGAAGGAGGCGGAACUGGAGAAGAAGCGGCGUCUGGUGGCGGCCAUCAAGGCCAACGUGUCAGACGAGGGUCGCGACCUCUUUGCACACAUCGCCAAGACUCUGGAAGAGAUCCAGUGGAGCGGCACCGACAUCGUGGUGAUGAACCAGGUCACCAUCAAGGCGCCCUACCAGACGGCCAACAUGGCCGGCCAGACCGAUAGCCAAGCCUACCAAUACGUCUCCAAAAUUGUCGAGAAGUUCAACAACGAGCGGAGUUCGUCAGCAGCAUCGCCAAGCCAAUAGAGUACCAUAACCCAACCCUGGUAUCAGUGCAUUAUUUAUGUUCGGCUGCCUAGUGUGAAUGUUUCCAGCCUCCGCAAUGCGCGAUGUAAAACAGGCCCGCUCCAUUAAAUCCUGAAGCGAUGAGGUUGUCGAGAAAUUAGGCCAAAGCGGGUACGAGACAGCUUUUAAUUUAAAAUUUCGUUGACUGUUUGCGUGGUGUGAAUGCUGCGCGCGGCGUCGUGGCGCGCAAGAGUCGGCGGUCGGCCGAGGUGUCGUUUGUAUUAUUUUAUAAGGGUGUUCGUGGGUGGCGCUGUGCGGUGGUGUUGCCGCGGGGCACCAGCCGGACCGCGCGCCCCUCCCCUCCCCCUGCCGUGGCGGCAUUUAGUAUACAGAGCAGCCGCCCCCGCCCGAUCCUCCGGCGGGGACGCGUGCUCAGGAGGCCUAGGUCCGCCCGGCAGGUCACAGUUUUGUACUCGGCACACUCAGCUCAAGCAAAUUGAACGUGUCUGAGAGCGAAGUCGUGCGUGAGCUGGCGCGGAGAGAAUACACUCCCGGAGGUGAC